AUGAAUAACAGAAAAGAUGGAGUAAUGGGAUUGGCAAACUUAAUUAGUGACAGUUACUUGGAAUCUUUUAAUACAGCUACAUUUCAAAAAGCUGUAAAAUUUAAUCGAUCAGAUUAUAUAUUAACAGCCUCAGGAAAUAAAGUGUGCAAAAAUUCCAUUUUGUGUGGAAUGAAAAAUAUUCAUAUGUUAGGAAAAUCAAUUAUAAAGAGUGAAGCUAUAUUAAGAGGUGAUUUAAGUAAUUUAUAUUUUGGAAAAUAUGUUAUAAUUGGUUCGAAAACACUUAUAUGCCCUUGUUUCAUAAACAAAAAAGAAAAUAUUGAUAAUAAUUACAAUAUCUAUAGUAAUAAAACUGAAAGAAUCAAAUCAAACGAUAGUUCAUAUGUAACAGUAACUAUUGGUGAUAAUGUGUAUAUUGGAAAUGAUUGCAUUGUUAAAGCAGCAUUUAUAGGAAAUAAUGUUUACAUUGGAAACAAUUGUGUGAUUGGAGAAAGAGUUGUAAUAAAAGAUAACGUAAUUAUUAAAGAUAAUACUUUUAUUCCUAAUGAUACCAUUAUAUCUCCUUUUUCAAAAUAUGCUGGAUGUCCUGCAAAAUUUAUAAAAGAGUUACCUGAAUCUGCUGAAAUAUUUUUAAAAGACAUUUCUUAUUUUCAUUAUAAAAAUUUCACACCUGAUUCUAAAACAUGA